AUGAGCAUGUGCCAGUGUAAUGAGCCUGAAGAGCAUGCCCGCCAGCGUGGUGCCCGUUUUACACACGGCCAGAUUCAUCAGCGUCGCUUCGGCGGUGUCGGGGUUGCAGCGCAUGAACUUGGGCGCCAUGACGCACAUAUACACGAGUCUCACCAUGGCCAUACAGGCGUAGCAGGUCCAGCGCAGCUAUUUCUGGAUACCGACGAGCUCCAUAUACAUCAAGAGAAUCGGCACCUUAGUCGUCCAGAGCUUAAAGGCGAUGAGCACUGUGAUGACCACGGCCAUGCAUUUGAGCCAGUUGAGACAGUUGGCUGGGUAUAUAAAUCCUGGCAUAAUCCCCGUGAUUAUCCUCCUCUCGAGGGGAGAGAAGGCGAUCGUCGCGAAUGUCAAUCCGGGGAAGGGGAGAUAUGUAAGCGGGCAGAGGAGAUUGAGUGCAACUUUCAAAUAUCCUUUGGACUCUUUCAGAGUGCUGCGCGGUCUUUUCUUGGUUAUUGGAAGAACCAUACAGUCUGCAAUGAGCCGUUUCUUGUGUACUUGGCAACCCAUCCAGCAUCGGAGAGCCACAAAGCCCGCACACAGGACAAUGAGAAGCGUCGUAACGGCCACAUAGGCGUUGGUGAUGAAGAGCAAAUCCAAAAGCUCAUGCAAAACUAA